AAAGAAACUGUAACCUCUCUGUCUCUCUCUCUAAUCUCUUAUCUCCCAUACACUGACAAUUUCACUUUACAAAAAAAAAAAGCAAAGACUCUCCACUCACAAUCUCUACAAAAUCAUUUUACAGAAAAGGCAGGAAGAGUGUUUUCUCUCUCUCUCUCUUUUCUCUCACACUCUCUCCACUAGAGGCUGCAACAUGUUGACGAGCUUACCGUUCCUGAAUGCAACUUCAAUCCCAUCUCCGUCGUCACCGGUACCUUUUCUCCGACGACCUCACAUUGUUUCCCGCCAAAACACUCUUCCUGCCUUUUCUGUUAAAGCUGACUCUCAGCGCCUUAGCUCCUCUCCUUCUUUACAUUCUUCUCUGUUUUCACCGUUUGGUAGCCGAUGCAAGAGAUUUAUCGGACAGUAUCCGAUACGAUCAGUUACAGUAAGAUCGCAGUUAAGCACGCCUCUCAUUUCUCCCAACGAUGAAUGGGGAAUGUGGACUGCUCUCUUCGCCACUGGAGCUUUCGGUAUUUGGUCGGAAAAGACAAAAAUAGGAAGUGCGAUGAGCGGUGCACUAGUGAGCACUCUAAUAGGACUUGCAGCUAGCAAUUUAGGGAUCAUUUCUUCAGAAGCUCCUGCUUUCUCUGUAAUGAUGAACUUCUUGCUCCCGUUAGCUGUUCCUCUGCUUUUGUUUAGAGCAGAUCUUCGCCGUGUGAUUCAAUCUACUGGAAAACUUCUCUUUGCUUUUCUCAUCGGAUCAUUUGCUACAACGGUUGGGACUGUUUUGGCUUACUUACUCGUACCGAUGAAAUCGCUUGGUUCUGAUAGUUGGAAAAUAGCAGCUGCCCUUAUGGGAAGACAUAUUGGUGGAGCUGGAAACUACAUUGCAAUAGCGAAAGCUCUCGAUGUAUCUCCUUCAGUGAUAGCUGCUGGACUUGCUGCUGAUAGUGUUAUAUGUGCAUUGUAUUUCAUGUCAUUGUUUGCUUUAGCCUCUAAAAUACCUGCUGAAUCUGCACCACCAGAAAGUACUAGUGAUGAUGGUGUGAUUGUCAAGAAAAGCAGAGACAAAAUUACUGUGAUACAAAUGGCUACAGGAAUAGUUGUGUCCUUAGCUAUAUGCAAAGUUGCAACUGUUUUCACAACGUAUUUAGGGAUUUCGGGCGGUAGCUUACCAGCGAUAACUGCUAUAGUUGUUGUUUUAGCAACUAUAUUUCCGUCUCAAUUCGACCAUCUCGCACCAUCUGGAGAAGCAAUGGCUCUAGUUCUGAUGCAGGUGUUCUUUGCAGUGUUGGGAGCAAGUGGAAACAUAAGGAGUGUAAUAAGCACAGGUCCAAGCAUAUUUAUGUUUGCUUUGUUACAAAUAGUGAUACAUCUUGGGGUGUUACUAGGAAUAGGGAAGGUGAUGAAGAUAGAGCUACGGCUUUUGCUUCUUGCAUCAAACGCAAAUGUUGGUGGACCAACAACUGCUGCGGGAAUGGCUACGGAAAAGGGAUGGAGCUCUUUGAUAGUUCCCGGGAUUCUUGUCGGAAUAUUUGGGAUCGCCAUUGCAACAUUCCUAGGGAUUGUGUUUGGGGUUAAAGUCCUCAAGUUCAUGUGAUGUUUUAACUUUCAAGUCCCGUGAAUGUAAAAAAUUCGAUAAGUUUGCUCAUCCCAAAGAUUAGUGGAACGGUCCAACCUAUUUUUAGCUCCAUUCUACAUUUUGAAAAUGGGGUUUUUCUCCAAUCUCUAUUUCUCUUUUUUUUUAACUUAAAAAAAGUAUAUUAUAAGUAUAUUCUUUUUUAUAUUUCAUUUUUAAUUUUUGUAAUUAUCGUCUGCUUA